CCCGGGCCAGCGCAGGCCGGGUGGGGAGGCAAUGAGGAGGCGGGCUGCUUCCCAUGGGCUUCACCCUAGGUGCUACAGCACCGGGCUUGCCCGCCCACGCUAGAAACCCUCACAAGGGGAGAACGAACCGCCAUAACCGCCUCGACAUCCCCCUCGCUAACGGCCACCCUGACAGCCCCCGGGCCGGGGGGAGGGGAAGGUCGCGCCGCCGCUAUUGCGCAUGCCCGCCUGCCCCGCCGCAGAACACCUCCCGCGCCGCCACUGCGCCUGCGCGGGGCUGCCCGGCGGCCCGGGAGGGGGAGGGGGGAACGGUCGCUCCUGGUUCCGGCCCACCGGCGUGAUCAGCCCGGCCGCGGCGGGGAGAAAUGGCGGCUUUGAUCCCCGCGGCGGCCUCUUCUCCUGCCGGCGCCCCAUCCCGUAGCAAGAAGCGGCCGGCGAGCCCGGGCACCGGCAGCGGCCCCGCCAAGAAAAAGAAAGCGACGGGGCCGAGCGCCUCGCAGCAGCAGCAGGUCUUGACAACAUUUAGAAAACAAAGACUGAACUUCCUCUUCUGCAAUGAGUGCAGGUGGAGAGGCCAUGAAUGAAAACAAAUUUCUGAACACAGACUCCAGCACAGGCUCAGUGGAAACAACCGUCAAGCCGUUGCCAUUUAAAGAUCCAAACUUCAUCCACUCCGGCAUUGGUGGAGCAGCAGCUGGCAAGAAGAACAGAACUUGGAAGAACCUAAAACAGAUUCUUGCUUCUGAAAGGGCAUUGCCAUGGCAACUAAAUGAUCCUAGCUAUUUUAAUAUUGAUGCUCCUCCUUCCUUUAAGCCAGCCAAGAAAUAUUCGGACAUUUCAGGACUUCCGGCAAAUUACACAGAUCCCCAGAGCAAGCUACGAUUUAGCACUAUUGAAGAAUUUGCCUAUAUUCGGAUGCUCCCUUCAGAUGUGGUUACAGGAUACCUGGCUCUAAGGAAAGCAACAAGUAUUGUUUCCUGAAGAGACCAAAGAUUACGUAUACUGCUUAUGAACAGCUCUAAUUUUGAGAAUCACGAUGGCAGCUGAUUUUGGGGCUGAGGUUCCUUAAAACUGUCCAUGGACAUGUACAUCUGGAAGUAGUUGAUGAUACAUGGAUUUCAAGAACAUAUGGAUUUAAUUUUGAUAAAUGCUGAUAUUUGUUAGUUUGCCAAUUUGUAGGCAAUUUGGUUUGGUGAUCAGAAUAACUUAGACCAUAAGGAUACGUAUCUGCACCCUAAUGUCUGAGUUACAUUAAUUUCUGUGCAGACAGAAUUUCAUCCCCACCCUGUAUAUGUUAUGUACUGCUUUGGCUCAGAAAAAACAGUCAUUUGAAUUAAGGAAAAGGUAUCAAGAUAUCCCAACUUCUAAACCUGCCUUGCCAGAUGUGCUUGCCACUUGGCUAUGAAGAAGUUUGUUCCGUCUGUAAAAUGAAGCUAAAAUACCCAGCAAGUGCUGCUGUUGUGAGGACUGUUUAUGGUACUGAGCACUAUGGAAAUGAACAGCUUCACACAAAUAUUUGCAUUGAAGAACUGUCAGCAUAAGUAAAGUUGGACUCAGACUUGUUUUUAAAAUCUCCUAAUGAAUAUGCGUAACAUGAUCCAAUCACCAGGGAACUCUUAACCACGACACUUUGUAGUUUUUGAGUGCUUCAUUUCACAACCUGAUUAUUCUUCUACCUUUCCUAGUUAGUACAAUAUUAGUACAAAAAAGUACUGAUUUCCCAGAUUUUUUUAAAACAGCGCUAAAAAAGCUGUCUGAUGGUGUUCUUAUGUCCAGAUGGUCUUCAGCAAGAUGAGACCUCCUGCAUCAGGAGACUGACCUUUGCACAAUGAGGUACCAGGAGAAUAACAGAUAGCAACUGAAUGUUGUCACCCUUUAGAGGAAGGAGACUGAUGGAGAGUUUGGACUCUUGCUGGGGCGGGCUGACAGCUUCGGAAUGACUAUGAUUUCCUGAAACUUAGUGGCAAGGGGGCGGAGGGUUUUCUGCACAUUCUUUCUUGUUGUCCUCUUUCUUAUGACAAGCUGCUGAUUUGUUGCCUUCCCACUUGUGCAUCUUUUUCCCAGCCUUAGACUCUUAUCAAGUUUCAAUCAGAACUCCCAAGUUCCUGCUCAGCCAUUUGUGGCCUCCAACCACACAGCCUUCAUGCCCAUACGCUGCCAGCUGCCCCGUGGCAGUGGCACUUACCUUCCUGAGCUCUCUGAGCCGGCGGAUGUCAGCCAGAAAGGCUGCUAGAAGAGUUACAGCUUGCUGUGGAAAUGCUCUCUUCCCAUGUGCAAAAUUGCUGCGGGGAAGACUUGCCCCAUAGCUUGUUAUUCCUGGACUGCCCAGGUCACUGAGGAGGUGAGACACUAGUUACAGAACAGUGGUCCUGUUCCACCCAAGCUCCAUCGUGGACAUUGGGACCUGGUGCAAGGCACCUCCUCUCCCCUCUCUGGCUGUGCAAGCUGCAUGCAGUGGUGACUAGUUGGUGUCUGAGCUACACCUUGAAUGCACAUUUCUAUAGACAUGGUAAUUAUUAGAACAGAUUUUUUUUCUAAUUAAAAGAAUAAAUAUGCAGAGUGUUAUUAAGGCUAGUUUAAUUUCAACUCCAAAACAGGAAAAAAAUAAUGGGACAUACUAUUUAACAAAAGUCUGUGGGACUUGUUCCUUCAGUUUUUUGUGUUCUAAUAUUUACAAAAGCAAAUUAAUUUUAAAAAGUAUUUGACAUGCUUACAAUAGAUCCUUCAAAGCCCUGGAUACCAGAUAAUGCUACAACUGUAUCACAAAACAAAAAAGAAUAAGACAGCGUAUCUCUCUUCGUGCCAGUAAACAUCCAAGCCACAUUCUCUUUGUAUCUGAAUUUUAAACUUACUUUAUGUGCUGAAGAUGUGUGUAUAUGAUAAGCUUAACACUGAUAUGAAAAGAAAACACAUAGAACUGCUCUAAGAUCAUUUGUGCUUUAAAUAAGCAAACAGCAGCUCAGAAGAUCGUAUUUCACCAGCUUGUUCUCUCCCACAAAUAUUUUUAACAUUAUUUGGGAACAACUGUUUAGGAACCCAGGCUCCUUCACCAUCAGAAGUGCUCCAUGCACUCCUGUGCUAUAUAUUAAGAUGUUGCUUCUCAGCUACGUUCUACCACCAUGCAGUGUUUGUGCAUUCCAUUUUCAAAACCUACGUGUUUUACUGAAUAAAUCAGCAUCAGAAAAGUAAAUACAGUUUAGAUUUGUCAAAAAA